GGCCGAGGGUGCUGUGGGGGUGAGGGGGUGGCCAAGGAAGCUGGCGACAGGUCAGGCAACGGCUCUCCCCCAGUGGGCCCCGGAUUUGGGACCUUGAAGCCCCAACUGGAUGCUUCAAAUAGAGACCUUGGAUUAUAAUGCAUCCGAGAGUGAAGAGAACAUGACUUACGAGGAGUACAUGUGCCCAGAAGCAGGGGGUGGCAGCGCCAAAGCCCAUUUUCAGAAGUUCCUUGUGCCUGUGGUCUACCUGCUGAUCUUUCUGCUGGGCAGCCUGGGCAACUUCCUGGUGAUUGUGAUCCUGUGGCGCUACCGGCGCUCUCGCACUUCCACCGAGCGCUUCCUCUUCCACUUGGCCUUGGCCAACCUUCUCCUUGUGCUGACUUUCCCGUUUGGUGUUGUGGAAAGCUUAGCCGGCUGGGUCUUUGGGACCUUCUCCUGCAAAGUGCUGAGUGCCACGCACCGGAUCAACUUCUACAGCAGCAGCUUGCUCCUGAGCUGCAUCAGCGUGGAUCGCUACCUGGCGGUGGUGCAUGCCGUACGCACCUUCCAAAAGCAGCGCGCUCUGUCGGUCCACUUGACAUGCCUGGCAGUGUGGCUCCUCUCGCUCCUGCUGGCGAUGCCAGACCUCCUCUUUACUGAAGUUUGGGAAGGCGGUGACAACCUCAGUGUCUGCUACUUCACGGAACACGGGGCCCACGGCAUCAACUCCUGGCUCGCGACCCGUUUCCUGUACCACAUUGUGGGCUUCUUCCUGCCUUCCAUGGUCAUGUGCUACUGCUACGCUGCCAUUGUGAGGGUCCUCUUCCAGUCCCAGCGUUUGCAGCGGCAGAAAGCCGUCAGAGUGGCCAUCCUGGUCACCAGCGUCUUCCUGCUCUGCUGGACCCCUUACCAUGUGGUCAUCUUUUGGGACACACUCACCAAGCUGGAGGCAGACGACAAGAUGUGUGCUGUGGAUUAUGGCCUGACCACGGCCAUUAUAGUGACCGAGAUGGUGGCCUUCAGCCAUUGCUGCCUCAACCCCAUUCUCUAUGCUUUCGUGGGCAUCCGAUUCCGCCAUGACGCUUGCCGAGUUCUGCACGACCUGGGCUGCCUGAGCCAGAGUGCCUUGCAAGAGGCUCUGGGUUCAUGGAGGAUGGAGAGCACAACCGAGACCAACCUCUCUGUCAGCCGCCACCCGGCUUCCCCCUGUGCCAUGAACCUCUUGGCCACCUCUUCAGGACCGCCUGGUCCCUCCGCUUCUCCCCAAGGGUCGACUGGCCAGUGGCUCAAAGAGGAAGGAUGGGACUCUGAUUAGGCCUCGGCAGAGGCAAAGCCCAGGAGCCAGUGGCAACGGAUGGAUGGAGGACACAAGAUCCUUUGCUUGUAAGCCAGCGGGCGUCUUCCCCAAAGGUGGUGAGUCGGGACACUCCUAUUCUUCGCAUCGCUUGGAAACCCCUCCUGCUACCCUGGCCUGGCAUUUUUGCUUCCACAUGGAUCAGAAAAGGCCCCGCUUUGGCACGCAGCCUGCAAGACUCUCCCUGGGCACCUUCGGCUCGGUCCUUACGAGAACAUCCGACUUUGAUACCAACAUGCGUCACAACUCCCUUCUGGUGUUCUUUCGAAGGCGGCCUCUUCUGCCUGAGCCCUGCUGAGCCCUGGAGGAUCAUUUCAAGCCAGGGGACCGAAUCCAUUCUGGCUGAGGGUAAGGCUGGCAGGCACGAAAGGGGACCCCAGCCAUGAGCUGGUGGCAUUGCACCUCACCGGCACAGCCUCCCAUUCCAGAAGAAAGGCUGGAUGCAGAUCCGGAGUGAGACCCACCACCAGCUCUGCAUCACGCCUCAACAAUGUCAAGCGAACAAAUCUACAUCCACCUGUUCAGCUGGUUAAAGAAACCCUCUCCUCUCUCCCCAAUGCCGUGACAAUGUGGGCCUAUCCUGUUCUUCAGGAUGGAGGUGCCUGCUGGGCCCGACCGUUUUUGCUAGCGGGGAGGAGGAAGGAAAGUCAUGGGUAGGUGGGCUUUGGUGCCUGCCUGUCUCUGCUUUGGGUGAAGCAGGUGACAUCAUCAUCAUCAUUCAGGAACAAGAGGUGUGGGGGGAGUAGUCUCCAGAGCCCCCCAGGCCAACCAUGGGGCAGUGUGGUCUAACCUUUGCAUGCACUCCCUUGCUAAAACUGUGGAAGGAGACCCCUUCCUGGCUUAGCUACGGGAUCACCUCUGGAGGAGCUUGUGCUGAAUAGCUUUCACAGCCCCUUCUCUCUCAGGCCAAAUCAUCUGUGAACCUAAACCAGGUAGCAAAGGCCCAGAAAGACAACAGGAUAAGGUGGGGAGGGGGGGGGAGAGGGGAUUGGCCAACAACCCACCUUCCUGGCCUGACUUCCCCACUUGCCACCUUGCCACGUCUGCCACCUUCAGGUGUUCUCUUCCCAGCCCCUGGAUCUUCCUUCCCUCCCAAGACCGAUUAGUGAGGACGACAGAGCAUGGCUCAGCAGGUGGAAACCACCCAGCCACAACCACGAAAAGCGACGGCCUUCUUCAGGUGCUGUGGGAAGUGUGGGAGCGGCAGUAUCCCGAAAUAUGGGAAGAGAUGUCUGGGGCAGAAGAUGACCCUUUGCUUCUGCCCAGCAAGGAGCACCUCGGAGUGUCCGGCCUCUAAACAGAGGGCAGCACCUGUCACCAGGAGCCACAAAGGCACUGGCCGUGGCCCCCUCCGUGGCCCUUUGCUUCCCCACCCCCACUUGCCCCAGGGCACCUGGCCAUCGCCACCAGAAAGGCUCUCUGGCCACCUCGGUGCCCGCACAAGGCAGCUCGCUGUGAAGGGGAUGCUGGUCUCCUCAGAGAGGGGGAGAGCAGGCACUCCAGGCCAAAGGGGCCUCCUCUGCCCAGCCCGGACGUGGGUUUCGCCUUCCUGGCGCUCAGACCGUUCUUUCUUGACCAAGGGCGACUUACAAAGCACGACCUGCCGUCAGAACGAGCACGCUGUCGGCAGCGGAAGGGGGCCCACCAAGGUCCAGGGAAGAGCUCUGUCCAGUUGUGGCUGGACCCGCGGCCCCUCCUGGUCAGGCCGGAGCUCCCCCUCCCCCCCGGGCAGCUGAACAACAGCACAAAAGGCUCCGCACAGGCAUCUUCUGAAAUGUCUCUUUUUAAUAAAAAGGCACCUAUAAAACAGGUCAAUCAAUACGUUACAGGCAGCACAAGAUACCCAAAACAAGCCUAGAAAUCAUCUCAAAAUAAAAACCAAUAAGAUGUCUUCA